UGCGUGCGUACCCGUGGUAACCCGUUAGUAUACGAUGUAGAUCAGAUGUAAAAGCACUGUUAACGCUGUUGCCGCUGUUGUUGUUGUUAUUGUAGUCGUCGAUAUCAUAAUAAUAUACAGAAUAUUUUUUUAAUAACAGGCUACAAUCGUUUUAUUUUUUGUUUGGUUUUGUCGUUAUUUUUAUAAUACUGUUCAAUUAUUACAGUGAACGCGGUCCGCUUGUAUUUCCGAGUUUCCUCACAGUUACUACACAUCGUUGAACAUGCUCCCGUCGAAAGUUUGACGUGCAGUGGCGUAUUUAUAUACAUACAACGGUUUUAUAAAUGGGCGCCUCAGAGGCACUGGAAGAAUUUCCGCCGCCCGCGGUCCUGGAUAACGGGUCUCCACGGCGGCGGGAGCAGCAGCCGCAGGAGCAGAAUCAGCAGCGCGAAAACGGAAACGAUGCCCACGACGACGAAGACGUGAUGACCAUCGAACAGGCUCGGAUCGUGAUAAAACAGCUGCGAGACAGAUGCCGGUUCCAGACGCACCAGACGCUGUUGUGGAGGAAAAAAGCUAAAUUACAGGAAGAACGGCUGGCCCGGAUGAGUUCGGAGUACGGGUCCCGACUGGAGUCGCUGACAUCGGACCUGCUGUUGUUCGAGUCUCGGUUGAGCCGCAAGCAGCGGGCCAUCAGCGAGCUGCUGGACCAACGCGAGGCGAUCAUCGAGCGGCAACAGCACGUCAUCAGGUGCCUGCACUCAAGACUUGCCGACUUCGGCGUGACCGCAUCGGUGCCAGGAUGCUGUAUUGGUGGUAGCGGAGGCGUCGGAGGUGGAGGUCCCACGUCCGACGACGGCAACGUGGACGACAGUGACAGUGCGGUGAUCAUGGAGGAGGACGAGUCGGGCAACAGCCAGGAAGACGCGUCCGAACAGUCGUCGCAUCCGCGGUCGGACCGUCGACGGGCAUCGGUGGCGUCGGCGUCGGACUGUUCGGCGGACGGUCGUCUGCCGGCGGAAGACGGACGGGAGACGGACGGCCGAGGUGCCGAGAACGAGACCGCGACCACGUACAACCGGGUGAUGAGCAACCAUCGGUCGGUGACCAAACCGAAGGACGUCAAAUACAAGCGCAUCAACAAGGCCAAGUCCAAGUCCCUGGAAGAGCUGCGGGGCCGGCUGAAGAAUUGGGUGGACCGCGGACAACGCAUGUCGCUCACCGUCGACCCCACGUACGGGUGACCGCGGUGGCCGGCCGUCUCGGGUCUCUUGGACAGACUGCGGCCAGCCCGGAAGACUGCAGCGAACAACUGCAAAGAAGUGUGAUUUUGGCGCGACACACUUAAAACUACCAAAUGAAUCGUAUCGUGCCGCUCGAAAACUAAUACAUAAUAAUAUUAUCAUGGGGGCUGGAAUUUUAAAGCCCUAGGAAUCGCAAAAAAUAUCCUAAAAACUUAAUGGAAAAAUGCUUUAAAAAUCUCAACAAUACACUGUUCUUAUACGAUGCGUUUAAAAAUGUAUUUAUUACAAUUUAAAAAGUCAUACAAUGAAAAUUCGAUGCACAAUAAUGACUUUUUUAUCAUACAAAUUAGUACAAACUACAAAGUAUACUUGAUUUAGUAUUUAAUCAGUAACGCCUAAAAUACAUUUUCCAUUCAUGCAGCUACUAUUUAAAACAAUUGAAAAAUAUUACAAUGCAUUAAAAUCCUAGCCCUAAAUCCUUAUUAUAUUAUCAUACACACGUUUGAAUAUCGUAUUAUAAUAUUGAAAAUAGCGAUGUUUACCAUACUAAACAAAUAUUUGUAUUGUAAUUAUUAUUGCUGCGUAAAAUCAGAGGACAGAAAUCGAUUAAACGAAUUAAUGAAAUAUAGUAAGUACCUAUGUUGGUGCAUUUUAAAUAGAAAAAAUGAUUUUAUUCGUGAAUAUGAUUAGUUUAAAUUGGUCGCUAUGUUUCAAUAUGAUUCUUUCCGAAAUAUUUUAUUUAAACGUGUUUAACCCAUGUUAAAUCGUAUGACGAUUUCAAAGACGAUUCGUUUAGUCCGUUUGAAAAUGUUGGACUUAUUGUUUUAAUACAUCACUAUAUAAAAUGUAUUAUAUUAUAUUAUCGGCUUUGGAUGAUUCGGAGUUCCUAACGCGCCACCACCCCUUGGCGACAACAUGUCACACAGAGGGUAGUUUUAUUAUUUAUAGUAUUACAAUUUUUGUUGUUUUAUUUUGUCCACUAUUAUUGUUAAAAUCGUUGAAAUCGUCCACGUUUGUAAUUUAUAUAGUUUACUAUUAUUUAUAAAGUUAUACAUGCAGCAUACAUAUACAAUGUAAUAAAUAAUAUUAUACUUAAUUUUCAACGAUAAAGUGUACAAUUAUAUUUUAAUAUAAUUUAUACGAAUAUAUGAUUUCAUAUAAUAUUAUAUAAAUAUAAUAUUAGAAUAAUAUAUUUGGAACAUGAAUAUUAUUACUUAUAUUGCAUAUUUUUGUUUGAUUCUGUUGCGCUAACUGUUUGCGUAUACAUUUAACUAUUUAAGCACGUUAAACUAUUGUGUUCACAAAAUAUUUUAUUAUGAAAUCGUAUGUAAUUUUGUAUUUAUAUAAAAUAUUGAACUCAUGUAAUCAUAGUUAUUAUUAAAUUUUAACGAUGGUGGUUAAAAUAUAACUCAAUGGUAAUAUUAUUUAAAUGUCCAAUAAUUGUAAGGUACCUAUAAGCUUAUUCUUAUUCGAGCCAAAAUCAUUGAUUUUUAAUUCUUAAUAAUAUUAUAAGUAACUAUAUUUAUUGUAUACUCUUAAUAUACCUGUAUAACGACAUAAAGCCGUCCAAUGUAGGUGCAAUCUUUUAUUCAAAACAAUAAUGUAUUAUUAUUAUUGCAAAGAUGCUUAUAACGUUAGAAAAAAUUUAUAUUUAUACUUAAACAUACUAAAAUUUAUAUAUUUGUAUACAUUAUUAUAUUAUACUUAAUGCUUUAAUCAGUGUGAUACUUAAGCUCUAUUUUUGGUUACCUAUUAAUGUAAAACAUAACUUUCUUGUGUACAUAUGAACCAAAGAUAAACGUUAUUUGUAACGUUUGAAUACUUGUACAAAAAGUUGUCUUCAAAAUGUUUCAUAUGUUAUUAAUUUAAGAUAUUUGUAUAUUUUAUGUUCUAUGGCUGACGUUCAAAAUUUGCAUUUUAAUGAAGUUCAAUAAAUUAUGUUAUAAGCGAUUAUAAUAACUUUUGUUUUUAAUCAAUAUAAAUUGAAAAUAAACAAAUCAUCUAUUAUCUAAAUCGCAGGCUAAAUAUAAU